GGCCGUCGCCGCCGCGAUGAGCCUCAUGCUCCGGGCGUGGCCGCGCGAGGCGGCCGCCCCCGCCGGCCGCCCGCUGGAGGCCGGUCCGGCGGCGGCGAGCCUGCUGCCGCACCGGAGCGACGAGGAGGACCGCGGGCCGUGCCCGGCGGCGCGGGGCGUCGCGGUCGCCCCGGGCACCACGACCGCGCCGUCCGGGCGGCACCUCGCGCGCCUCGCGGCCGGGCUGGCCGCCGCGGCCCUCGCGGCCACCGCGCCAGCGGCGGUGCGGGUCUGCUGGUCGGGCCUGGGGCCGCGCUCAAGGGCGGCAGUGCCGCUCUGGGGGCCCGAGGCUGGCGGCCAGACGAGUCGGCUCCAGGAGCUCGACGCCGUCCCAGCGGCCGUCCUCUCGAGCAACCCCGGCGCCGCCGUCGUCGACGCCUCGGCGGGCGCCCUGUCGAGCAACCCGGGCGCAGCCGUCGUCGGUGCCUCGGCGAGCCUCCUCGAUAGCAGCGCGACUAGCUUAGGGGGAUCCCUGGGCGGCCUGGCCACCGCCGGCAGCUGCGCAGCGCUCGGCUGCGGGGAGUUCGACCGCGGCCGCCCCUGCCAGUGCAACCAGCAGUGCCUGAGGCACAGCAACUGCUGCUCGGACUACGACACCGCGUGCGCCGCCGCCAGUCCGCCGCCCAGCGGCCAGGUGCCGCUCGCCGCGCCGCUGGGCGGGACCGCGGCGGCCGUCGCGCAGUCGGCGCCGCCGACGCGGGCGGAGGCGGAGCAGAUGGCGGCCUCGAUGGCGGCGUCUUCGCCCGCCGCACCGCUGGGUGACACAGCGGCGGCCGUCGCGCAGUCGGCGCCGCCGACGCAGGCGGAGGCAGAGGAGAAGGAGGAGCGGACGGCGGCCCCGAUGGCGGCGCCUCUGCCAGGACGGCCCUCCGCCGCGGCUCCAGCGCCGCCGCCGCCCGCCGCGGCCGAGGCAGGCCUCGCCUCGGGCGGCAACGCCACCGAGGCGUGGGCCUGCUACGCCUACGACUCCACCAGCGGGGAGUCCGACGAGUGGUGCCGGGCGGUGGGCACGGCCCAGGACGACGGCUGGGAGUACCGGCUCGUGGCCAGCGCGCGAUUAGGAGUGAAGGCAUCAGGCUUGGAGUGCGGCAGCGGCUGCAACUGUUGCCGGCGCCGGGUCGGCGAACAAGCGGGCGGAGUGCCCUCGAGCAGCAACAGCAGCGGUUCCGCCGCCACGUCGGGCGUCCCCAGCAUCAGCAGCGGUGCCGCCGCCGCGACGGGCGCCACGCCUUUCACGACCGCCAGCACGGCCGGGGGCGCGGCCGCGGGCGCCGCCGCUCCCUCCGCCGGCGAGGGGCUCGCCGACGGCAGCCGUCUGGCGUCUCCGGCCUACGCUGUCGCAGCGGAGCCCGCCGCCGAGCCCGCCGGGCCCACCGGAUCGCUCGGCAACGGCCCGCCGACGGGCGCCCUCUCCAGCAGCCAGGGCGGCGCCGCCGUCGUUCCUUUUGGGGGAGGCAUCCUAGACGACAUGUCGGUCAGCGAGCAUGGCUCCCUGGACAGCCUCCCCUCCCUCAACGACGGCGCCUGGGGCGACGACGGCACAGGCGGCGACGCUGGCGGCGGCCCGCAGAGGCAUUCGUUCUACAUGUACCGUGCGCAGGAUUGCCCGCUUGUCCGCGCUUUUGGCUGUCCGCUGCCAAUUGGCCCAUCUGCAUGUCGUUCUUCUUGC